AUGAGUUUACGGCGAGAGGACUUUGCAGGUAUAUUGGUGCAACAUGGUCACUGUGGUGACUUGGACGAAGCCACAGUGCUUGCAGACCUUGUCUAUCAAGAAAUCCCCAUUCUCAUGGAGACAACUGAGGACGACGAAACUAUCCGGCCUGCAGAGGAAGAAAUAUUAGAGUGGCAAAGUCUUUUGCAAGAUGUUUUGGGUGUGGAAGAAGACGAGUCCAACUUGCUCUUGAAGCAGUUGCUUCUAGUGGACGAGGAGGAGGAGGAGGAAGAAGAAGAUGCUUCCGAGAAUGACGUUGCCGACGAAGACUCUGAUGACGAAGACUCGUUCCCAUUGUUUGAUGGGCAUUGUCCGAUGUGUGAAAGGUACAUCAAGCUGACUAAACACCAUCUAAUCCCCAAGGAGACUUGGCCGCGAGUCGGAGUCAAACUGCGGAAUGCUGCAGAAGCCAAGAAAAGGGGGGACCUCGAAAAAGCAACCAUGAUUCUAGGCGACGGCUUGAUUCACCUCUUGGAUCAGCUGGGAGACGCGAAGAAAUCAUCCAUCAAAGCAAUCAUGUGCGGAACUGCUGAUAUCUGUCGGCCUUGCCACUCUCAUGUUCAUAAAACUCAUGACAACCUGACACUGGCCUGGUCGUACAGCACUGUUGAUUUGCUCCUGCAAGAUGAAAACAUUGCCAAGUUCUGUAAGUGGGUUAGCAAACAAAAGCCGGGGAAGUAUGCAAUAAGAUGA